GAGGGAUUGUUUACCUAUUUGACCAACACAAAAAAGGCGAACAUGAAAAAACGCAACUACUGGCAUACAUUAUUCGGAAGGGAGAUGUACAAAAGCACGCUACAGACUUUGAAACRAGAUGGAACCAAAGCGGCCAUAUUGGGACAAUUAGCCCCCAACCCAACACUGKUGAACAUAACAAACAACAACCGUCAGUUCUUGAAGCUACUAGAUCUGMACGUCCUCUCGCGACCAAUGGUUGUUCUCUUUGGAUCUUGCACAUGACCCUCAUUCAUGGCCUCCCUACAAACGUUGCACCUGUUGGUCAAAGGAUUUGCAGAAGAGGCCRACUUUGUCAUUGUCUACAUUGAGGAGGCGCAUCCGGUCGAUGGGUGGAAGUUUGAGGAGAACUAUCAAAUAUUGCAACACAAAAGCUUGGAAGAGCGUUGCGCCGSCGCUCAGAUCCUACAGUCCCAUGUUCCCUCAUCAGUAGUUAUGCUGGUGGACACCAUGCUCAACUCGGCCAACAUAGCKUACGGGGCUUUCCCUGAGAGACUUUACAUAAUCAAGAACAAUACCGUGGUCUACCAAGGAGGUCUGGGUCCUAGUUAUUUUAAUAUCGAAGAAGUGCAAUUAUGGCUUGAAGAAUACAGAAUAGAGAGAAAAGAAACGCGCUGGGAGCUGUAG